UAGUUUUGGUGAUUAUUUAUUGUUAUGGGUUGCCAACUUCAUGGAGGUCUGCUUCAACCAUAAACUGAUCAGCUGACUGGACUUUUGAUGUAACAGCACCAACCUAAAUAUUUCCAAAAAGUUUCCAACACCACCUGGUAAAAUGAAUACAUGCAUUUAAACUUCAUUUAAAUGAACACAAUCCCGAUUGUUGAAACAAAUUAAAUGUCCUCCUGCAGCGAGUUGAAAUUCCUUUUUACAUAAAUACUUGAAAUACUUCCACAAAAACAGUUCCUUUCUGCAUAAAUAUUAGCUGCACAAACACAGAUGAGGAACACAACACAGUCUACUACAGGAGAGAAACUAGGGUUAGUUUGCUGACACUGAAGCUGUCCAGUAGUAUACAUGAAAAUAGAGAAAAGGCUAAAACUCAGAACAUUUGUAGAGAAGAUAAAAUAGAAUAUGUGGGUGUUGUAAGAGGUAAAGACAGAAAAGAGAUCACAUAUUCAAUGUGAGGAGAGUCCAGUCAUCUGAACUCACAGCUACUGAGAUUAAUCAACAAUAUUUUCAGUAUAUAUAUAUAUAUAUAUAUAUUUUUUUUUUUUUACUGUAAAAUUAUAUGUUUCAUAGAUAAACAACUGUAACCAUUUCAAGUGCACCAAAAAAUAAAAGUCUGGAAUUGUGAAUGACGGUAUGAAUAAAGGUUCAAUAAUGGACUCAGAUGACCGAAUAGAAAGGACUGUUGAUAUCUACAUCGGCGCAGAGGCUGUAAGAGACAUGAAACAAAAGAAAGACACAGAGGACUUCAACACAACAACAACCCGAACACCUCAACACACAGGAAGUGAUGGUGUGAAGAUCAGGAGCUGCAGAGCAGCUGUGGUGUGUUUGGUGCUGCUGUGUGUUCUUCUGCUGACUGCAGUCAUAGUGUUGUGUGUCACCUUCACUCAAGAGAGACAACAGAUAUUAACUAAGAUCACCAACCUCACAGAGGAAAGAGAACAACUACUAACUAACAACACAAACCUAACAGAAGAGAGAAAGCAGCUACUUACUAACAACAUGAACCUCACAGAAGAGAGAGACCGGUUGAAAUCAGAAAAAAGUGAACUUCAGAAGUUUUCUGCUGGUGUUUGCCAGUUCUUCAGUCUAAAUGGUGGAUGGAAGUGCCAUCAAUCCAGUCUUUACUUCAUUUCCUCUGAGAAGAAGAGCUGGACUGAGAGCAGAAAAAACUGUACAGACAGAAGAGCAGAUCUGAUCAUCAUAAACAACACAGAGGAACAAGUGUGUGUGUGUGUGUGUGUGUGUGUGUGUGUGUGUGUGUAAUUGUGGUGUUUAGUUUGAAAUGAAAGAUAAUGUGCUGAAAUGGGUCUGUGCUUAUUUUAUAAACUGUGUUAUUGUUUCACUUCUCAGGAUUUUGUGAAGGACAUUUCUGGUGGUGAUUUAGUCUGGAUUGGUCUGACUGACAGUCAUGUGGAGGGCAGAUGGAAAUGGGUUGAUGGCAGCGAUGUGACCUUUAGGUUCUGGCAGACUGGAGAACCGAAUAUACUCCCGAAACCAGAUUAAGACUGUGCUGUAACUCACUCACAAGGAUGGGCUGAUUAUCCAUGUGGUGAUAAGUAUCAAUGGAUCUGUGAGAAGAGUAUUUUUUAAAUGACUCAUUAUGAUACAUAUUUAUAUAUAGUGCAUUUUGAACAUCUAAAUAUGUCUUUUAAAUAUCAUGUCUUGUGUUUAGUAAUUUUACCUGUUUUUUUUAUUUGGAUAACCCUUUAAUUAGGUUAUUCUGUUACUUUUUAAGUAAAAUAAACAAAAUAACCAUUGUAAUAUUACAACGUUCAUAUUAAACUAUUUAAAUGAACUUUUUGUUUGUUCAGUCAAACUUUGUCACAUCUUAAGAUCUAAA